AUGCCGAGAAGCCACACCGGAGAAGCGAGUGGAGGAGGAGGUGGAGGCACCGGGCUCUGGCUGAAGAGCUCCACGGGGCGCCGGGCGCAGGACCACCACCACCACCACCCGCUGAAGGAUGUGGAGAGCGGCCACAGGACCAUGAGCACCAGCCCCCCGGUGGACGGGCUCCUGUCCCCCGGGGAGAGGAAGCCGGGCUCCGGGGGCGGUGCCCUGGCCCCGGAGAGGAAGCAUGGAGCCCGGCUCAGCCUGCUCGGGAAGCCGCUGGUCUACAGCGCGCAGAGCGGCCGCAGGAACGCGCGCUACCGGCGGCUCCAGAACCUGCUGUACAACGUGCUGGAGCGACCCCGGGAGUGGGCCUUCGUCUACCACGCCUUCGUGUUCAUCCUGGUGUUUGGAUGUCUGGUUCUCUCUGUGUUUUCCACCAUCCCUGCUCACCAGGAAUUCUCCUCUCACUGUCUUCUCAUCCUGGAGUUUGUGAUGAUUGUAGUGUUUGGUCUGGAGUACAUCAUUAGGAUCUGGAGUUCUGGCUGCUGCUGCCGCUACCGAGGCUGGCAGGGACGCCUCCGGUUCGCCAGGAAGCCCUUCUGUGUCAUAGACAUCAUCGUACUCAUCGCCUCGGUUGCCGUGGUUUCGGCCGGUAGCCAGGGAAACAUCUUCGCCACCUCUGCGCUGCGUAGCCUCCGCUUCCUCCAGAUCCUGCGCAUGGUGCGGAUGGACCGACGGGGGGGGACCUGGAAGCUGCUGGGGUCGGUGGUGUACGCCCACAGUAAGGAGCUGGUCACCGCCUGGUACAUCGGGUUCCUGGUGCUCAUCUUCUCCUCCUUCCUGGUUUAUCUGGUGGAGAAAGAAUUCAACAAGGAGUUUGCCACCUACGCUGACGCUCUGUGGUGGGGCACGAUCACCCUCACGACCAUCGGCUACGGGGACAAGACCCCCCAGACCUGGACGGGACGGUUGCUAUCGGCCGGCUUUGCUCUGCUGGGAAUCUCCUUCUUCGCUCUGCCGGCUGGGAUCCUCGGGUCAGGUUUUGCUCUGAAGGUUCAGGAGCAGCAUCGACAGAAGCACUUUGAAAAGAGAAGGAACCCAGCAGCCAGCCUUAUCCAGGCGGCUUGGCGUCUGUACACCACCGACGGCGCUCGUCCCUACCUCCGAGCCACCUGGCGCCUCUACCAAAGCGCCCUCCCCCCCCUCAGUCAGAAGCUGAGUUUUAAGGAGCGGGUCCGGAUGGCGAGUCCUCGGGGUCAGAGCAUGAAGAGCAGACAGGCCUCCAUCAACGACCGCCGUUCCCCUGGCAACGAGGGCGUGGGCGGCGGCGGCGCCGAGCUGAUGGGCGGGAGUCCGGCUAAAGUGCAGAAGAGCUGGAGCUUCAACGACCGGACGCGUUUCCGUCCGUCGCUGAGGCUGAAGAGCCAGACUCGCACGGCGGUGCCAGACGUGGACGCGGGCGUGACCACGGAGGAUUCCUUCGACGAGAGGCGCUGCCACUGCGACGUGAGCGUGGAGGAUCUGUCGGCGCCGCUGAAGGCCGUCAUCAGAGCUGUCAGGAUCAUGAAGUUUCACGUUGCAAAGAAGAAGUUCAAGGAGACGCUGCGUCCCUACGACGUGAAGGACGUGAUCGAGCAGUACUCUGCAGGACACCUGGACAUGCUGUGUCGCAUCAAGAGCCUUCAGACCAGACUUGACAAAGUAGUGGGCCCCCCCCCGCGGCCGUUCAGCAGCCGCCUCAAGACCUUUUCUGCUCCUUCACUGCAUUUAUAUUACAGCCAGGCGCGGAGGAAGCAGUCUGCGCCGGGGUUAGACCUCAGCGCCGCCACCUGCCUGCCGACUACUAACCCAACAGCACCACCCAGGAACGCGUCGGCUCACCUCCUGCAUUAUUAUUACAACAACAGGAAGAAGCCCCCCCCCUCAGGGGUGGACCAGAUCCUGGGAAAAGGCCAGAUUCCUGUGGAUAAGAAGAUGAGGGAGAAGCUGAACCAGGACGGAGACACUCUGGAGGGCGUGAGCAUGCUGGGACGGGUGUGUAAGGUGGAGAGACAGGUGACUUCCAUCGAAUCCAAGCUGGACUCUCUGCUGGACGUCUACCGCCAGGUGCUUCACUCCGGCUCCUCGGCCCUCACCCUCUCCUCCCUGCCUCUGUUCGAGCUCAACCGGCACCAACACAUGGACUACCAGACCUCCCUCCUCGGCAGGGACCCCCCCUCCCCCCAGGGGGUCGACCCGGUCCGAGGCGGAGGAGAUAACAGCGGUAACCCCCGGGGCCUGAGGCUCAUCCUGGCACCGGCCGACGAUGACAUCCCCCCGGACUCCGCCCCUCCAUCCUACCCCCCGUCCACGGCCUCCCUCUCUCCCUCCCCCCUGCUGCCCCCCGACAGCCCCUACCCCACCCUGGUCACACCCAACGGCAGCUCCAGGAGAGCGCACUUCGCCGACCUGCCGCCCCCCUCGACUGGAGGCUUCACCCUCCAGCUGCCCCCCAUGGCCACGCCCUCUCACCUCCGAUGCUCCUCUGACUCCGUCCCGGAUGACCUGUCGGACGGAGUGAGGGCCGACAAGGAGAGCCUGGGCCCGUGUGUGGUGGUGGGCUCCGGCGUGGACCAGGAGGAGGACCAGGAGGAGGCCGGCUCGGCCCGGGGACGGGUGCAGCGGCGGGAGAAGCCUGGCUCGAGGUCAGAGGGGGGGUGGAGGAGGCACCUGAGCCUGGAGGCGGACCCCCUGCUGCUGCUCUCGUCGAGCCCGGACGGGACGCCUUCAGACUGGGAAGGCGGUCUGGGGAAAUCCCUCUCGGCUCACAACCUCAGCCGGCCUCCGAGCAGCCGGGCCGCUGGUCCCGCCUCCUCCUCCUCCACGCUCCACCACCCCAACGGCAGCGACCAGGGCCACGCCCACCACGAUGACCUCAGCACCUGGGACGGGACAGAACUCUUCAUCAGUGAGCAGAAGCUGGAGCCGGCAGGAGAACAUUUCAACUUCCUGUCCCAGGAACCUGGCGGCAGCCCCCCCGACCUUUUACAGACUGUGGACGAUGCUGCACUUCCUCACCCCAAGGGGAACUCAGUCAGUCUCAGCCAGGCUCCACACAUACAGCUGGCAUAA